UGCCCGCCUCGCUCUCCGCCCCGGCUGAGGGGCGUUUGCUGCUGCUGCCGCUGCCGGCGGCAGCUCUGUGAAAAUGUCUGAGCGCGGCGUUUUCUACCGGCAGGAGCUGAAUAAGACAGUGUGGGAGGUGCCCCAGCGCUACCAGAACCUCACCCCUGUCGGCUCCGGCGCCUACGGCUCGGUCUGUUCAGCUUAUGAUACCAAAACGAGACAGAAGGUGGCAGUAAAAAAGCUUUCAAGACCUUUUCAGUCACUUAUUCAUGCGAGAAGGACCUACCGAGAGCUUAGGUUGCUUAAGCACAUGAAGCAUGAGAACGUUAUAGGAUUGCUAGAUGUCUUUACACCUGCAACAUCAAUAGAAAAUUUUAAUGAAGUGUAUCUUGUGACAAAUUUGAUGGGUGCUGACCUGAAUAACAUCGUGAAGUGCCAGAAGUUAACAGAUGAUCAUAUACAGUUUCUUGUCUAUCAGUUACUUCGAGGGCUUAAGUACAUUCACUCAGCUGGAAUCAUCCACAGGGACUUGAAGCCCAGUAACCUAGCCGUAAAUGAGGACUGUGAAUUGAGGAUUUUAGACUUUGGUUUAGCUCGACAAACUGAUGAUGAAAUGACCGGAUAUGUUGCAACAAGAUGGUACAGAGCUCCAGAAAUUAUGUUGAACUGGAUGCACUACAAUCAAACAGUUGACAUCUGGUCAGUUGGAUGCAUCAUGGCAGAGCUAUUGAAAGGGAAAGCCCUAUUUCCAGGAAAUGAUUAUAUUGACCAGCUAAAGAGAAUAAUGGAAAUUGUGGGAACACCCAGUUCUGAACUUCUGAAGAAGAUAUCAUCAGAACAUGCGAGAAAAUACAUUGAAUCUCUUCCACAUAUGCCUCAACAGGAUUUGAAAGCUGUAUUUCGCGGUGCCAAUCCAUUAGCGGUAGAUCUUCUUGAGAAGAUGCUUAUAUUAGACAGCGAUAAAAGAAUUACUGCCUCGGAAGCACUUGCACAUCCAUACUUUGUACAAUAUCACGAUCCAGAUGAUGAACCUGAGGCCGAGCUGUAUGAUGAGUCAAUAGAGAAUAAGGAGCGAACCAUAGAUGAAUGGAAAGAGCAGUUUGAACUCCUACGGCUCAGAGAGGCAAGAUAAAUCCAUGUAUGCAUUUGUGGGAGAUGAGAAGUGCAAAGGGUUGUGUUUCCUCUCCAGAUGACACUCCCUUCCCAGACUUUCAUCUCCUCACUAAGUUCCCUAUGGCAGGUUUACCCCUAAAUAAAAGCUGAUGCCAGCUACCAAAUAACCAGAUAUUAUGUAUUGCUUUCUGUAUUGCUUUGCUUUUUUUUAGGUCAGAUCCUCAUCCAAAGUAACUGACCCAGGGCAAAUGACACUAUCUGAGAUUCUGGUCUAGCUUUGUGGAGAAUGGGAGAUUAAUAUUUUCCAUGUAGACAUGUAUUUUGUUAAUCAUAUAUCAUUCACUAGAUGGCCAAGUAGUUGAAAUUAAUAGACAGACCAUGCUGUUGAUCCUCUUUGAAGAUGAGUUAAUCAUUUUACUUGGAAGUGACACCCCAAAAUUCAUCCUUGAGAAAUUGUGCAAUAACUUUAAAGAAUUAUUAUUAUUAUUAUUAGUUAAUUCCAUGCUUGCAUUAUGAUUACAUUACACUACAGUGUCACAGAAGUAAUGUAGCUAAACAUUAAGUUUGCAAAUACACUGAAAAAAUACAGACCAAUUUCAUCAUUGUCUAAUGAGGACAUAUUAUGCUAACAAUUCCUUACUAGACAUUUUAAACUGAGAGUAAUGUUUUAGAAAACUAAUUGUUCUUGUCCUUUCUGUGGCUUAAGAGGAAAUAUGUAUUCUAUAAAACAAAUGUUCUUCUGUUUCUAUUUAUAUAGAUUUACAAAAGUUCGUUGGCAUAGCGGGCAGGUCUACAACAAAAAAUACUGACCUCUUAUGUCUUACUCAUGUCCUUCCACUUGUGACAUCUUUUAUCCUAGUCACUGCAGGGAAUACAAGCAGACUUACUACAGAAAAAAGUAUCUCAAAGAAAGAGAGGAGUGAGGUCAUAGGUCUCUCUACAAUAAAGUAACCUCUUAGAGAUCUAGAAACCUGAUGCAUCUGUACAAAGGAUGACUGACUGGUAUUGCUUACUCCUUCACAUGCUUUCCUCUGCAAAACCUGGCAGCUUACAGCACCGUCCAUACAUCCUGUUUACUGAGAGGCACACUCGAUUCACUGCUGUACCUAGCAGUUGAUGGUUUGUUUUCUGUUACUUCUUCAGCUGCGUGAGUCUUUACCAGAAAGGUUUAACAAUUUCAGAGUCAUGAAGCUCACUUUCUAUUUAUGAUGAAACUGUUGAAAUUAUUUCAGGGACAAUCAUAGCUUAACAUUUGCUGAGCUGGAAUGAGGGUAUGGAAGUGAAUUCUCCAGGAAAAACAAUACUAUUAUUUUUUUCACAUUACUAUCCUUGCUGGAACUACAGGUCAAGUGCCCUCUUUAUCCAGUGGGGAGAAAAAUAACCUGAGACAAAAAUAUCAAAACUGGCACAGGAUAUGCAGCUCUCCCUCCUAGAUGUAUUUUUAUCUUGGGGAAAUAAACUUUUUCCUUUCAAAUACUUAAUACCUUUCAAAUAGAAAUUUUGCACAUCUUGCAAAAUGGCAUAAUAAGUCACCAUUUGCAUAAAAUACUGGUAUUGUUGAUGAACUAUUGAUCCCAUUUUCUCAAGGCUUCAAUUGAAUAGUUCCUCUCUCUUUCUGCUGAAAUUAAAAAUCAGUGAUGCUUGAUCCCAAGAGCAACCGAGCACCAAGGUAAAAUGAGGUUUUGGACAUUCUGUACUGCACAGUAUGCAUUUAAGAGUUUCCUUAGCCUCCACUGCAUGCUGCUGAGGCUUGCAACCCAAACUUGUAGGUUUCCUUAUGACAUGUUUAAUCAGUUAGAAAAUACUUCAAAAUUCUAGUGGCCCAGAGCAUGGUGUUUAGUUGAGUGCUACGUACUUACCUCUCCCUGACUGUUGUUCCAGUUGCACACAGCUUAAUUUCUCUACUCUCUGCUGAGCAGGUGUCACAAGGACCAGGUAAGGUGUUUCAUAAACGCACUACGUACAGCCAGCAGGAAGAAUUUCUAAUACAAACUCAGGUGUCUCAUUUGAUCCUGGCUUCCUCUGAAUUCAGUCAGGACCACUCUAGACCUUACCUGUCUGCCUGUGGACAGAUACUACUUAAAAGCCACAACUGAGUUACUGAAUGAGUGACUAAUGACUCCUUCCACCUCAGAAAUUCUGCACACAAAAUUUCUUACAGAACAAACUGUCACUGAACUGGCAUACCGGUCACAGUACACACAUAGUCCUACAGCAUAACACUGCCAGGGUGUGAACAAGAUUCAUCCCAAAGAUUUUUACAGACUUUUUAGAGGAGCGCUAGGCCCACUUGCAGGUGUUGCAGCUGUCUCAGAUCUGUUUAAUAAACAAGCUGAUAGCCACAAAUUUUAUAUGGUUAAAAAAUCACUGUUUGGAAAACAGAACCUGAGGUAAUGCACUACUAGCCACAUAUGUCUGAACAGGAUUUGGUCCUUAAAAUACUAUAUCUAACUUGAGAAAAUAGGUAUGAGGUAGCUGCUGACAACAUAUUCCACUACUGCCCAAGGCACAAAACGGGAUGUGACUUUCAGCCUGGAAAGUUAAAUGGCUGUUCCUAACGCAGGGCGAAAUAGCAACAAACGUUUCUGGCUAAGCCCUCGAUGAAAACAGAACUGUUACAUCUAAGAGAUUGAUUUUAUUUUUUUUCCCUCCAGAGGACCUUAAGCUGGUUACAAUAAAAGAUAAAGAACUUCCAAAGCCUGGAUGCCAAGACAUUAGCACAGAAUUGCAACUGAUUUAUCUUGAAGGCAAUUGACUGAGAAAUGAUAAAGAACAUUCCCUGCAGUUAAAAGCGUACAUAUUAAAACCUGUUUGAAUGCUUUUAGAGAGGCCAUUUUCCAUUACAUUCUGUCUUUCAUUACAUCAUUUUGGCAGUUCAUCUCACAGUGUAAUUAAUGUUUCCAUAUCAGGGCCCGUGUGUUUUAGCAAUUAACCAAAAGGGACAGAUACACUGUACAGUAACAGUAUUUGUGAAUCUAAUUUGUAAUCUGAAGUUAGCAGAAGGAUUCCAAAGGAAUUCAGUCUGGGUUUCAAUCUGGACUCUAAGAAGGCUGGAAAUACAAACUGCAGGUCACAUACUUCCAUGGAACCACUUCGUCUGGAAUUUCUUUUUUCUUAUUUUUUUAAGAGAAUAUCAUCUAAUUUUCUCUCUCCCUUACACUCUCC